GAUAAUCUUAAAAUAUCUAUAAAACAUAAAAAUGUAUUUAAAAGUAGUUACGUGGAAAUAACAUUUUACAUUUACAACAAGAUCAAUUAAAAUAUUAUAACGGUUUUGUAUUUUCAUAUCUAUAAUCUAAACGAGCGCGGAAGAUAAAAGAAUUUAUCAAAUACGAUUACAUAUUAUUAAUAAAUGUGAAAUUGUGUAUUUCUUGCCAUGAGUUCCAUAGAGGAAAAAUGUUUUGAAGAUAAAGAAAUUGAAUUAUUUAAUUCGAGUAUAUUGGAACAUUUAUCUUUAUCACACAUCGAAGGUUUAUUAAUUAGACCUUUGAAAUCUAAAGAUUAUGAUAGAGAUUUUCUUCAACUUUUGACUCAAUUGACUGAAGUUGGAAAUAUUAGUAGAGAACAAUUUUUAAACCGUUUUCAUAUGAUGAAAGAUACUGGUAGUUAUUAUACUAUUGUAAUAGAAGAUAUAACUAUUGGAAAAAUAGUAGCAAGUGCAACAUUAGUUGUAGAGCAAAAAUUCAUUCAUAAUUGUGCAUUGAGAGGACGUUUAGAAGAUGUAGUAGUAAAUAAUAAAUACCGUGGUAAACAUUUAGGAAAGCUGGUAGUUAAAAUCAUACUGCAAUUAUCAAAUUAUUUACAAUGUUAUAAAUUAUCAUUGGAUUGUAAAGAUCACCUUAUACCAUUCUAUGAAAGUUUGGGUUUUAAGCGUGAACCUAAUAAUGCUAAUUAUCUGAAUAUGAGAUUUUCUAUUGAAAACACUGCAAAAAUAUUGCAUUUAUGACAAUAAAAAAAAAAAGUAUUUAAAACUUCUCAUAAAAAAAAUUGUAAGUUAUAUCUUAAAUCUAUGUACAUUAUGCAUAUUUCAGAUUCAAACAGUGAUUUUUAUUAUCUUGUUUCUUCAUAAUAAUAAGAA